GUACUUUAUUUUUCUGUUUAUAAAUUCAACAAUAGGAAUUUUAACAGCAUUGUUAGAAGAAGCUUUAAAAAUUUUGACCUUUUUUAAAAAUAUUUUUGAUAAGAUUUUAAUAACACAUGGCGAGAGGAAAGAAAGGCAAGAGAAAAGCGAGCAGCUUAAUUGCCGACGACAUUGGCCCCAUCUUGAGUGGGAAACCCAUGACCCUUGACCAGAUGGUCAGAGUCUGCCAGCUUAUUACAAAGAGCUCCAGAAUCAAGGCCUUCUGCUUAGACGCCCCGCCAGCAAAGUGGAAGGUCGGUCGAAGGCCGCACCUUUUUCUGGUGCUCAACAAUGGCACCCGCUGGAUCUGUUGCUACAACGACGGCAAAACCACCAUCACUCAGUUCAACACCAACGACCUAACGGACACUACUGCCCUCAGCACUAGACUUCUCCAGGCAUACAACCUGCAGCCCUUUGAACUAAAACAGGCCAUUGUCAAGUCGGACAUCCCUCUGCCCAGUUCGGACGCUGAUUCUGGCUAUGUAGCCAUCGCAGCAGCCGCCCAACUUGCAACCAAACAGAAGCCAACGCAAAUUGACCCUAAUGAUAUUAGGAGGAACACCGUCCGCAUGCUCUACAGGAGCAAACUCAAUGGAUUUCCUGAUUACUCCGACUUGAAGGGUUGCAAAAAGAAACCAGUCGUGGCGCCGGAAGAAGUUUUAUUCCGCAACCUGUUUGACGCCUACGACAUGCUGAAUGACUUGACCAAACCACCGUCGACUGUCCCUGCCGAUUUCUACGUAGAGGAAGUUCCUGCUGCGCCGGCUCCCAUUCAUUCGCAGCCGGCUCCAUUGCAGCCUCUUACUUCUGCAACUGCUUCUCGGCCUCAAAUAGAGGAAGCGCGAAAAUUGACCAUUGCCGAACCUCUCAUCGAGUAUCCGGACGAAGACGUCCAAAUGAUCGAAUUGCCGGCUGGGGCGCAGAGGAUCAUCACCUACGAAGCGGGCCCCAAUGCGUCGGCAGUCAGCGUGGCCACUAGAGGAAUUCUGGAUAAGAACAACAUCAAGUUCGUCCAGUACGAGCGAAUCACCAGAGAAAUCCACUACAUCAAACCGAAAAGCAGCCAGGGCAGCAGCAAGUAAAAUUUUCUACACUAAGGCCUAUUAAAAUUAUUGCAGUCGUCCACGCAAAUUUACAUUAUUUUUUGAUUGCUUCUUUUAGAUACUAAUUGUUAAUUUUUAAAUUUUACAAGUUUUACAUUAACAUGGUGGGAAAAUUUCUCCGCAUUUAACUCCUGCCAAUCCAAGCGUUGAGGCGCGCAAAUUUUCUAGCGCUCUGGCGUAUAAAACAGAUUUGCCAAGCGUUUCACUUCCUCCGCCUCUUCUUCCAAGCCAACUCAUGCCAAGACUGAAAGCAGUGUUUUUAUUUCAAUCGCCAAAUUUCGUAUAUUUGGAAAUUACCUCCAAACCGGAACCCACAGCUUUGCUGCACCCUCCAAUUUUCUUGCCACUUUGUUCCCUACGCACAGAGCAGACUGGAGGCACUUUGGAUUACCGCGAAGAGCAGCCUUUAUGGUGAUAAGCACCAGUCUCGCCGCACCCUCCUCCGACUCCUCUGGUUCUUCGGAAAUGGCUCGCGCUAUUCUCUCGUGAGUUUUGUCCUCGUCGUCGUUUAGUUUAGCCAAGGGUAUUUCCGAUUCUCCUUCUCGAUUUCUGAAAGGCAGGGUCAAGUUGGAGAUGACCACCGUUCUUGUAGAGGAAGUCUGAAACAAAAUCAUUUUGAAACUUAACAAGUAGAAUAAUACAAAGACAAAAAAUAUAAAAUUAAAUUUUUAAUUUUUUUAAUUAAA